GUUCUUCAGAUACAUACAACGGGGAGAGAAACAGGUUGUACAAAGUAAGUCUAUUGUUUGUGACAAAAUUAUAACUUUUCUAGAAUUCAGUUCUGUUGCAUAAAUGUGGGGUUUGCUUCCUUUAGAAUGACAACAACAGAAAGCAGCAUUUGUCUUUACUGUGUACUAAGACAGGAAAACAAAGGAUGUCGAACCAUUCGUCCACAUCUACAAAUUUGCAAUUUCACGUAAGAGCCGCCAGAGGGCACCAGAACACUGGUUUGGUGGGACUGCUGUGAACGCACGUCAGCUAUACGUGCAAGGCGCACCAAAUGGUGAAUCCUUUACUGCGAAAGCCGUAUGAUUUUUUUGUGAUUGCUGCCAUACGCGUAAAGUCCACCUGUCUUAACUGUCACAUGAUUGAAACACCGUGUCGACGAUAUUCGCGCUAGCCAGUAUGGUGGACAGGGGUUCCCGGUAUGUAGGCCCGCGUGUGUGAUCUCGAUACGGACGGUGCACUAGCAGCAUGGCUCCGACACUCCUGCAGAAACUCUUCAGCAAGAAGGCGUCUUCCACGGGGGGCGCGAGGGACUGUAGAAAAGCUGCCGACCAGUGCUGGGCAACAGCAGAGUUCGAUCUUGCUCAGAUCAGAUUGAUUGUGUAUCAAGAUUGCGAAAGAAGGGGUCGGCAGGUUCUGUUUGACUCCAAAGCUAUACAGAAGCUGGACCCAUUAAAACAGCAGAAUGCAGAAGAGACAAAAGCCCCGCCCAGCAAAAGUGGCACCUGUCAAAUCAGCAGCAGAGAAAACCAGAAAGAGACUCAACCUAUAUAUCAGUACACCAGACCAGCUUCAGAUGUGAACAUGCUUGGGGAGAUGAUGUUUGGCUCAGUUGCCAUGAGCUACAAGGGUUCAACGCUAAAGAUUCACCAUAUACGGUCUCCUCCUCAGCUGAUGGUCAGUAAAGUUUUCUCCACACGAUAUGGCAGCAGUAACACUGGGAGCACCACCACUCUACAAGACAGUUUUGAAUCUCUAAGCCAGACUUGUCCGAGUCACAGCAGUAGCAUAGGUGUUCCUGGUUCAGGGGUUUGGAGAUUAUAUAGGUGCACUGUUACCCUGGGUUAUUCACUAGGCUCCACCCCUCAGCUACUCUCCGAGAGUGCAUCAUUCUUUGCAGCCCACAGUAAUCCUGUGGACAUGCCAGGUAGAGGUUGCAGCGAAGACGGGGAUUCUGGCAUUGCCCGUUCAGCAUCACUAAGCAGCCUGCUGGCCACGCCGCUUCCUUCUCCUGGCUCUUCCUCCAGCAGUGGCUGCGCCAGCAGUUACCAGCGGCGAUGGCUUCGUAGCCAGGCAACUAGCCUGCAGCAUGGCCCUAUCCCUCGCUGCAGCACCGAGGAGAUGUUCAGCCUAUCGGAUGAGAGCUGUGGCUCAAACCCAGGUGUGGGCCGGCGGAAGAAGAUCGCCGUCAGUAUCAUCAUCAGCCUGCCCGAGAAAGAGGAGGAGAGCAUCAGCUUCCAGGGGUUCUUCUUCUCCCACUUCCCCCUGUUUGAGUCACACAUGAACAAGCUCAAGGGUGCCAUCGAGAGGGCGAUGAUUGUAUGCAGAAGAGUAGCAGAGGCGAGUCAGCGAGUGCAAGUGUAUUUGUGUCGAGUUAUGGAGGCAUUGGGAGAGUUCAGGAUGACUGUAUGGAACCUGUACAUGGCACCACGGAUCACUGAGCCUGUCUGGCUGACCAUGGUAUCCCAAAGUGCCGAGCGAAACCCACUGUGUCAGCGCUUCCUGAAAGAGAUGAGCCUGCUUAUGGAGCAUGGGGCCAAGAACCAGUUCCUCUCUGCUCUUCUCACUGCUGUCCUGAUGUACCACCUGGCCUGGGUUCCCACUGUGAUGCCUAGUAACCACCUGCCAAUCAAGCCUGUCUGCCAGAAGCAUGCCUCCCCAACAGUGGAUCUGCUGGCCAAGUCUCACCCAUACAAUGCUCUGUGGGCUCAGCUGGGGGAUCUCUAUGGUGCCUUGGGCUCUCCGGUGCGCGUGUGUCGCACAGUGGUUGUUGGGCGGAGGAGGGAGCUGGUGCAGCGCGUGCUUUACGUCAUGUCCUACUUCAUCCGAUGCUCCGACCUGCAGGAAAACACCCAGCCUCAGGGACAGAUGGACAGUCCAGCCAAUCCUUGCCCUGCUCAGCCAUCUAAUCCCAUCCCCUGUCCUGAAAGGACCAGUGAGAAACCGCUCACCACCCCUGGCUCAGGGGCUGUAAAGCCUGACAUUGGCCCUGAAAGGACCAAUGAAAAAAUGUUAAGACCUGACUUGGAUUCUGCAGUGCCUUUCAUGCAAUCAGAAAGGGCCACGGUGACAGCUGAUACUACCCCAUUUCCCCAAAUGACCAGUGACAUGUUGGAGGGUGCAGAGGUUGGACUGGAAUGUUUUGGGGAGAGUAACAUCUCUGUAGGGGUGGGAUUAGAGCACAUUUUGGCCAGUCAGAGUCCUCCUGUACACAGGGUGCAGUUCACCAUUGGCAGCCCUAAGGAGCGGAAGAAUGAUGGACAACUCAGAGAUUUGGUCAGGACAGGAUGUGGGCAGGAGGUCCAUAGGAAGUUACCUCAUAGGAUAUUGACAGACAUACAACGGAACACGAGCUUGGACAGCUCUCUGGGCGACAGUGAUGAAGAGGAGUCAACACCCCAACGGCCGUACAAAGCGUCAGAGAUGCAGGAGUAUGAAGUGCCCCUGCUGAGCUGUCCGACGGAAUGCCGCCCCAGCUUGAACCAUUUUGGCCGUUCCCUUCUCGGAGGAUACUGCCCCCAGUACAUGCCUGACUUCGCCCUGCAUGGUGUCAGCUCCGACCACCACCUCAGGCAGUGCCUGCCCACAGACCUGGAGCACACAGUCCUUCAUCCUGCUCUGGAUGAGCCAGUCGCCGAGGCGGUGUGUAUUGUGGCAGACACGGACCGGCUGUGUGUCCAGCUGGCCACCAGCCAGCACCGCAUGUGUGAGACAAGCCGUUUCGGGAAGGAUGUGAUGGUGUCCAGCCUCGUCCACGCGCUUCUGGUGUCCACGCUCCAGCUGCACGCGCUUAACGUUGCUGCAGACUUUUGUGUGAUGCAUCUGGAGGAUCGCCUGCAGGAGUUGUACUUUAAGAGCUGUUCUCUGGCUGAGUAUUUGAGAGGCCAAUCAAGAGCCAAUGUGAAGGAGCUGACAUUAACAUUGGGGAUUGAGUCCAAUGAUCUUCCGUUACUUACGGCGGUAGCCAGCACACACUCGCCCUAUGUAGCCCAGAUCCUGCUCUGAGUGGACCAGGGAAGAUCACUUCACUGGACUAACCGAUCAGAAUGUGUUCCAGCUUGCAACAGCCCCCCAAGGACCGGAUCACCCAGUUUUAACACACCCAUCAAAGCUCUCUAUCAGACCAAUCAUAGCCCAGACUCAGCCGUAGUUGGACCAAUCAGGAUCAUCCUCUUACCCCUUGAGGAAAGAAGGUUUACAUCCUCUCUGUUUGACAGGAACCAGCCUAAGUAUGUUUUGUGUUAAUUUUUUUCCUAUGUUAUUUAUGCUGCCUUCACAAAAUGGAACACACUUUAUUAGGCACUUGUUUACAUUCCAAGUCUCUUUUUUUGCAUUUGCAGGGGUUUUUAAUGGGUUUUGUUUGUCUUAAUUAAAAGGGAGGCAUAAAGAGACUGCCCAGCACUGAGUUAGAAAUAUGUGUGUUGCCGCUAAGGCACUGUUGAAACUGGUGUAAUCAGGGUACCGAAUGAGAAAAAAGGUAAACGGCUCUUCGAUAAGGCAUAUAUAAAGAAACAAUCCAUCCUUCCAAAAUGCUUGAGGCAAUACAUACUGGUUAAAUGUGUGUUAUGCAAGUAGACAGUGUAUGGUUUUAGUUUAGAAAAAGGUGGAGAGAGAGGUCAUAUUCCAACAUUUUCUGGGAAUUGACCAGCGCACAGGUCACCUAGUCAAUCCAGAGCAUCUGGAAGGUUCUAAAGUUGAUAUUUUCUUCAGUAGUAUCAAAUAAAUUGAGAGAUGCAUGCUUGAUGGUUAAGCAUGUCGAAAGUUUCCCUCUUCACACAGAAAUCAUUAAAGAGCGAUGGUUUAGAGAAUUCCAAUUUGCAUAAGUCUUUAGUAUUUGUCUUGGGAGGCAGUUGGUAUGGGCCUAUAUGAUGACCCAAUUUUUGCUCAUUUUGUUUUUUCUGUAGUUUGAGUUGAUUUGCUCUGUGUGGCUGCCCCUUGUGGUGUAAUGGCAGAUGGCGGUUCAGGAUUUUCACAAAGGCCACAACUCCACAGCAGAGAUGCCUUUGGUCAAAUUUGAAUUUGUAUGUGUUUAUAUGUAUGUAAGCUGAACACUUGUUCUGAAAAUGUUGCGAUCAUCCUUGUGCUGUGUACUACUGAUGUCUUAUUUAUAUCAACAUCAAGUAGGCCUAUAGUAUGCACAUUUCUUUCUCUGUGUAUGCGUGAGUGAAAGGAAGAAAGUGAAAGAAUGUAGGGUAAGCAGGGAAUGUUUAUGUAAUGUAAGUGUAGGUAGACAUAUAGAUGAGCAGCGGUUAAUAGCUGUGUGUGUGUGUGUGUGUGUGUGUGUGUGUGUGUGUGUGUGUGUGUCUGUGUGUGUCUGUGUGUGUGCGCGAGUGUGCUUGUUCAUCAGUCCAAGACAGAGGUGCGGAUGUUUAAUGGAGUUUAAGGAGGUGUACUUAGUCUAGUAAUUAAGCAGCUGUUAAUUACGUGUGUGUAUGUUGGUCGAUCAUUCGGUUCUAUCAGGUGCUCUCUUGUACACUGUGUUAAGGCAUAUUAAAACAUAUACUUUUUUAUUAUCUUUUAGCAUAAUGUUUCACUAACACCUUUUUUGGGAUCACAUAUGGAGAGACAGACACCACAGAAUAUACUGAGUCAAAUACUUUAUUCUAAUUCAACUCUUGUCUUAUGGCUCUGAUCUCUUUAAUAUUUAAAAAAAAGACAGAAUGAAAACUUGGUUUUAAACUAUUUUUGUACACUAAGCUCUACCUCAGAAGAUGGCUUUCAAAAGUGUCCUUCAGUCUUGACCAGUGGUGUGAAGUAUUGGCCAUCCGUGCAACGCCGCCUUGUGUGGUAACACCAGACAGGUGUUACAGGAAGUGGAAGAACGCCAGUGUGCAUUUAGAAAGAAACACUAAUGCUUCGGUUAUUACAUCUGGGGCUGUUCACCUGUUGGUGGCGUGUGUAGGGAUUUGCUUCGAACAAAACUAUACGGGUUACACAUUUGUCUAAAGGGAAUUAUGGAUGAGAGCUGGCAUCAAAUAAAUGUUCCCAUAAUUGGAAA